CAAUAAACGUCAAUUUGUGAACGAAUGGCAGCUGACCUGUUUUCCUGAAGUUUCAGGCUCGAUACAGUUUAGGCUACAGCUUCUAAGGAGCAUAUACUGUUCAGUAAAAAUAACCUAUUCAAAUAAUUAAUGACACUAGGAAAGAAAAUCUGUGCAUGAAGGCUAGAAGCUUUUCCCCAGACAUAGCCUAAUACUGAAUAGCAUUACGGUUGCGUCACUCAUGGGAUUAUCUUCAGAUAUCGCACACCUCAAAUUGCAGGCUUCUGAAACGAGCUCAUCGUUAUUUGACUUUUUUCUCCUCAUCCCCUGCACAAAAAGCUAUCAUGCGCGAGUGCAUCUCUAUCCACGUGGGUCAGGCUGGUGUCCAGAUUGGCAAUGCGUGCUGGGAGCUCUACUGUCUGGAGCAUGGGAUCCAGCCGGAUGGACAGAUGCCAUCUGACAAAGCCAUCGGAGGAAGCGACGACUCCUUCAACACCUUCUUCAGUGAGACUGGGGCUGGAAAGCAUGUCCCCAGGGCUGUGUUUGUGGACCUGGAACCCACAGUCAUAGAUGAGGUGCGCAGUGGGACCUACCGGCAGUUAUUCCAUCCUGAACAGCUCAUCACUGGCAAAGAGGAUGCUGCCAACAACUACGCCCGUGGACACUACACUAUUGGCAAAGAGAUCAUCGACCUGGUGCUGGACAGGGUCCGCAAACUGUCUGACCAGUGUACAGGCCUUCAGGGCUUCCUGGUUUUCCACAGCUUUGGAGGAGGCACCGGCUCUGGUUUCACCUCUCUGCUGAUGGAGCGCCUGUCUGUUGACUACGGCAAGAAGUCCAAGUUGGAGUUCUCCAUCUAUCCAGCUCCCCAGGUGUCCACAGCUGUGGUGGAACCUUACAACUCCAUCCUGACCACACACACCACCCUAGAGCACUCUGACUGUGCUUUCAUGGUGGAUAAUGAGGCUAUAUAUGACAUCUGUCGUAGGAACCUCGACAUUGAUCGUCCCACCUACACCAACCUCAACAGGCUCAUUAGCCAGAUUGUUUCCUCCAUUACUGCUUCCCUUCGAUUCGAUGGUGCCCUCAAUGUUGAUUUGACAGAGUUCCAGACCAACUUGGUGCCCUAUCCUCGAAUUCAUUUUCCUCUGGCCACCUAUGCCCCAGUUAUCUCGGCAGAGAAGGCUUACCAUGAGCAGCUCUCUGUGGCUGAAAUCACCAAUGCCUGCUUUGAGCCGGCCAAUCAGAUGGUGAAAUGUGACCCUCGCCACGGCAAGUACAUGGCAUGUUGUCUUCUUUACCGUGGUGAUGUGGUGCCCAAAGAUGUCAAUGCUGCUAUUGCCACCAUCAAGACCAAACGUUCUAUUCAGUUUGUUGACUGGUGCCCAACUGGUUUCAAGGUUGGCAUCAACUAUCAGCCUCCCACUGUAGUCCCUGGUGGAGACCUGGCCAAAGUCCAGAGGGCUGUGUGCAUGCUGAGCAACACCACUGCUAUUGCAGAGGCCUGGGCUCGUCUUGACCACAAGUUUGACCUGAUGUACGCUAAACGUGCCUUUGUGCACUGGUAUGUGGGUGAGGGCAUGGAGGAGGGAGAGUUCUCUGAAGCCAGAGAGGACAUGGCAGCCCUGGAGAAGGAUUACGAAGAGGUGGGGGUUGACACCGUCGAGGGUGACGGACAGGAGGAAGGAGAGGAGUACUGAGUGUUCAUGCAAGGACGCCCUUGGCUCCCGUAUCUUAUAGUAGCACAUUUUCAAAACCAAUGCAUUUCUUCUUACAGUUUGAUAUUUUCUUGCUUCUUGUUUAGGUUUAAGCACAACUGGUUUGUUGUAGUGACAAUCACAGAUUUGUUUGUUUCAUUAAAGAUUCACCAAUAAAAGUGUGUGUUUAAA